AUGUCUCAAUACAUGUACACCAGUCUCGCCCCUUUACCUCCCGUCUUCUCUCACCUCCCCGACUCGAGAAGGGCGAAGGCGACGCCCUCCAAUUCCAACUCUUCUGCAGCCUCCAACCAACCCAAAAACACCUCGUCUGCCGCAACAGCAGCAGCAACACAACCACCGCCAACACCAACAGCUGCCUCCACGCCGCCAAUCUCAAAGGCAAAUCCCGCAGACUCCUCCCGCCUACCGCCCACGAGCAGGACAAAACACCACUACCACCAGCACCACCCCUCCACUCGCUUGCAGCAUAUCCGCACCUCUUCUUCCUCUUCUGCGUCACGAUCUUCUAACGAGACCUCGAUCACCCCCACGUCAACCACCCUCUCGAUCCCGCAGACAGCGUCUCCCACCGACUCGCGCGCGCCGUCCUCGCCAUCGUCGCCGAAGAAGCUCAAGCACAAGCACCACCACUCGCUCCAGGAGACACGUGCUGCCGGCGACCACGGCUUCGGCUCCCUCCGCUCUAGAGCGCCGGCGCGCCUCCGCAAGGAAAGCGGCAGCUUGAGCUCCUACGCCAAGUUCGCGCUCGCCUCCCCUCCGACACCCCGCACCACGGGCCUCACUCCCACGGAGAUAAAACAUGUCGCCAUGCUCGACAUGGACAUCUCGGGUCGUCAUCUGACCGCCGCCAAGGCGACCGGCACUCUGCCCUUCUCCCGCACCGAUAGCUUGUCCUCGGCCGCGCCUUCAACAGCGUCCAUCUCGGCCCGCACAAUGACCUCUACCGACCCCACUUCGUCGUUCGACGCCUCGCGUCCCUUCGUCUUGAAGAAUGGGCGCCAGUACCUGUCCGACAAUUCGUUACCCUACCCACUGCCCGUCGAUCUGGUCGAGCUGCAUCGCCAGUCAAUGCGCACGCUCAUGCUGAUCCAAGUCUUUGGCUCGCCAUUGUGCUCACAGGGCAACGAAGUCAAACCACCAAGUCGCGUGCUCGAGAUGGCAUGCGGCUCCGGCUUCUGGAGUCAAAUGUGCUUCCGCUACUUCAAGGGAAAGGGCCACACAGACACCGAGUACACCGGCAUGGAUAUUGGUCCCAUGGGCGCAACCGCCGGCGACGUGGAUCGCGACAUGAAGUGGCGCUAUGUACAGCAUGACAUGCGCACGAUGCCCUGGCCCUUUGCCGACGGCGAAUUCGACCUGAUCAUGGUCAAGGAUACCAGCUUGGUAGUGACAAGCCCGCACUCCGUCCAAUCCACCAUGGACGAGUACAUCCGCAUCCUGCGCCCUGGCGGCACCAUUGAAUUCUGGGACAGCGACCACCAGAUUCGCAUGCUCCGGCCCCACGCCGCGCCACUGGCCUUGGACACCCCAGAAGGCGCCGCCGCCGUGGCGCUCGGCGCAUACCCCCUGUCAUCCAAGACACCACUCAGCGCGCCGCUGAACAACUACCUAGUCGAAUACAACUCGUGGGCCCACCGCGCGCUCGAGUCGCGCAACCUCAGCCCCGUGCCGUGCACCAUCAUCGGCCCCGCGCUCAUCCAGGAGUGCGAGGUGCUCAAGGACAUACAAUCGCGCCGCCUGGCGAUCCCGCUAUCGGAAGUUCGCUGGGAGCGCGAGGGCGUCGGCGGUGUCGUUACCAAGGAUGGCAAGUCGUACAUCGAGACGGGCAAGGGCAAGUCCAAGCCGGACUCGCAGAAGAAGACGCUCACGCCCGCGCAGGCGGCUCUCCGCCGCACGGCGCUGACGACCGUCGUCCAGCAGAUCCAGAGCUUGGAGCCGCUCCUCAGGGAGACCUCGGGCAAGAGCCAGGACGAGUGGGACGGCUGGCUUGGCAAGAUGAUGAACGACUUGACCAGGGAGAACGGCACGAGUUGGGGAGAGUGCCUGGAGGUAGGCGCAUGGUGGGCGCGGAGGAAGUAG